UCAUCGCGUCAUUGGCGUGCGACUGUAAAACAACCCGGAGCUGUCUGUCUCUGGUCCACGGGCGCUGGGCGAAGGGCAGAAAUGUGGUUAUGCAUCGUAAAAUUGGCUCGAGUUUCCUUAUGACUCGCGUCUCACCGCAGCGUUCAGUACGAUUAGCUCAAACAUUAGAGGACACGUCGCCGGGUGUUUUUACUCCGCGUAUUUGCAGUAGAAGGACAAAUAUAGAACACGACUGUUCAAAUCAGAGCUGAAACAAGCGACACCUUCAAGUGACUGAAGGAAGUCAUCAUACAGAAGCUACAUUCAUUUCCCAUGGACGAGUCUUGAUCUCCCAGGAUGACUUCGGAGGCUUCGGUCUCCUCACCUCCUGCUAUAGGUCGCCCUUCUGCCCAGAGGGACUUCCACUUUCUCCGCUCCUUUGUGGCUGGAGGAGUGGCAGGAUGCUGUGCCAAAACAACCAUCGCUCCUUUAGACAGAGUGAAGAUUCUGCUCCAAGCCCAGAAUCCUCACUACAAACAUUUAGGUGUGUUUGCUACUCUGAAGGCUGUACCAAAGAAAGAGGGCUUCUUAGGCUUAUACAAAGGCAAUGGGGCCAUGAUGGUUAGAAUAUUCCCCUAUGGAGCUAUUCAAUUUAUGGCUCUGGACAAAUAUAAAAAGUUUCUCAGUAAUAAACUUGGGAUAUCGGGACACAUUCACUGGCUCAUGGCGGGGUCUAUGGCAGGUAUGACUGCAGUGGCUUUUACCUACCCCCUGGAUGUGAUCCGUGCCAGAUUGGCGUUCCAAGUGAAAGGAGAGCAUCGUUACACUGGAAUUAUAAAUGCUUUUCAGACAAUCUAUCUUAAGGAAGGAGGAAUACAUGGGUUCUACAGAGGACUGACCCCAACUAUUAUUGGAAUGGCUCCUUACUCAGGUUUCUCCUUCUUCACAUUCGGGACUCUGAAGAGUCUGGGACUGAAACACUUCCCGGACACACUGGGGACCCCGUCUUUAGACAAUCCAAAUGUUUUGGUUCUGAAGGCCCAUUUCAACAUGGUGUGUGGAGGCGUGGCUGGGGCCAUCGCUCAGACCAUAUCAUAUCCGCUGGAUGUGGCCAGAAGAAGAAUGCAGUUAGGGGCAGUGCUUCCAGAUUCUGAUAAGUGUGUAAAUCUAACCAAGACCUUGAAGUAUGUGUACAAAACAUAUGGAAUCAAAAAAGGACUGUACCGAGGCCUUUCUCUCAACUACAUCCGCUGUGUGCCCUCCCAGGCCGUGGCAUUCACUGUCUACGAGUUCAUGAAGCAGGUCCUAUACCUCAACUAGACUUAAAUAGACUUUAGACUGCAUUAUGUCUUAAUAGCAAACGUAAGCUAGGUAGCCCCAUCCCAUUUCUUUGCUAUAGAAUCGUCAGACUGAGUAUAAUAGUUUUGAGAGGUAUUUGAGAGGACAACAAUUUUUUCUUCACAAAAGCACAAUUUCAUAACUUUGCAGCAAGAUCCAAAUAUUUGCUUCCAUGAAUGUAAGGGAAUUUUGGAAAUAGUUUGGAAUUUUGCCUUUAUUUUAGUUUAAUUUAAAUUAUUUUGUCAGUAAGUGUGCUUGAAGUUGGUAUUUCUUUGCCUUCUUUGUUUUUGGUUUGUCGAAACUGGUUUAGGAUUUUUUUGUUUGGUACAUGUCAUGUACUUGCCUGGGAUCCAGAAUAUUUCACUUCACACAACACUUCUUCAAUACUUUAAGGACAUAUAUUACUCAAAAUUGACUCUUGUAAGCUUUAAACCUUGUUUUAAUGCUAUUACCUCAUCUAAAACCUAUUUGAAGUUGAGGUUUUUUUUAUUCACAUGUGAUGUCAUGAAGCCUUUUACCUUUUGUUUCAUAGAGAUGGGCAAUUCUAGGGCUGAAACAGUCCAACUGAUUAUAGUGAAGGUGUUCAUCACCUUCGUCACAUGACAUCACAAGGUGAAACUGAGUGAUUUCAGUUUGAGUGAAGAACGCAGCCUAAAUAUGCAGUCUGUGUGUUAAACAUGUGUGAAUGAAACAAAACACAACUCCAGAUAUGUUCGCGAUGAGGAAACAACAUUAUAAUAUAGAUCAGAAAAUAGCAUAAUUUGGAUUCUUUAACAGAGAUGUUAGUCUGGUCACUGGCAAAUUGGGUUCACAUGGGCGUGAUUGAGAGAUGGAUUAGCCAAUCAGGGGCAUGUAUGAGCUGAUUGGGCGUGAUUGACAGAUGGAUUAGCCAAUCAGGGGCAUGUAUGAGCUGUUAAGCAGUUACAAAUGUAACUGCUUAACAGGGGAAAAAAGGUAAAAAAUUGCGAAUUUCUGCAGAAUGUAAUUUUGUUUGUGUAAAUGAUGGAUGACCAGUGAGCUUCUUUGUUUCACGUGUCACUGAAAUAAACGAGUCUGACUGGCCAAUCACUUAUGGCUUUGGAUCCAGGCGUAAUGGAGGGCGUGAGGACCAGACGGAUAUCUGUGUAUAAAAAAUACAAAGAGAGAAUUCUGGAUUUGGCAAGUCAUGUACUAUAUUUUCUGUAUAUUCAGGAUAAAAUGUUUUUAUAGAUAACAAUGUUCUAAUGUUUGCCUAUGUUUUGUUUUUAUUUAAUGCAGUGGUUCUCAAACAAUUCAUUCAUUCAUUCAUUAGUAGAUUUUUUAAUGAUAAAGAUAUUAGUAGUAUUUGUAUUUGCAUAUAUUAUUUUUUUUUUUUGGUAUAAAAGUAUACAUAAAAGUAUGUAGUUUUUUUGUGUAAAACUACAUACUGCUAUGUAGUUUUCUCCAUACAUAUUUAGUACAGUAAAAAUGAUUGGGAACUACUGCUUUAAAUAUUACUUCCGAAAAACAUUUGCACUGAUUUUGUCUAGUCUCUUGAAAAAAAAAAUGAAAAAUUGCACUUAUCUUUUGAAUUUCUUGUUUUAACCUUUUCUGUCACUAGGUGGCAGAAUAGCACACAAAAUGGUCUACCAUUACCACCAGACUGUAUAGCCACAAAUGCAUUUAUUAUUUAUACAAAGCCGGUAGUGAUGCAAGCUGUUUUAAUUGUGUUGCAUACAUGCUCAAAUCCACAGAAUUUCAGAUACCAAUGUUUAGUUCUGUCUUGCCUUGAUUUGCAUCAUAACUUGGUUGCUGUGUUUCAUAGUUUGACAGUUCUGCUUUUUCAUUUAGAAGAACAGAGACGAACUGCAGUUUAAAGUGGGACUAAACACCUAAACUCUGCCAACAAUCACAUGUCAAAUAGAGCUGCUAAACUCUGCGGUAUCUGGAGGAAUAAAGGGAAGAAUAAAGGAAUGAGUGAGGGGAGCGUGAGGGGCGGGGUCUGAGUGUUUAAGAAACAAUUGGCCACAUUUUCCACUUUAACAGAUUUAAUAGUUUAUCUUAAGAGGAGAGAGUCUGUGUAGGUAAGAAUUGCAGGUCUGUAUUUCAAAUCAUCUGAUGAUGCUCUCAUCUUAAUUAGAAGCCACUAAGAUUUAGGUAUUUUUGACCUGAAAGCUGCAAAUGUACCUAGUUCGCUCUAAAACUGCACAUUAAAUAAUACUAUUAACACACCAAAUACACAAUUCAAGCGCAGAAAAACGUGGAUUUAGUUGCACUUUAACUAAUACAAUAAGAUGAGAAACAAGAGACAUUUGAAUAUAUAUAUACGGGUUUCAACUCAAUUAGUAAACAUGAUUGGCUGUAUGUAAAAUAUAUGAUAUAAACAUUGUUGUAGUUUACCAGUAUACAAUUUGUGAUUGUGUAACAUCACCUUAUUUGCAAUAUUCUGUAAUAACUAUGGUACUUUAUAUUAUAUUUAUAUUAUAAGUAUUUCAUAAAAAACAGUGCAGCACAAUAUUUCUAGUGUUUAUGACUAAUGUUAAAGGUCUUCUAUUACACAAAACUGACUCUUGUGAGCUUUAAGUCGUGUUAUAAUGUUGUUAUCUAUUCAGAAACAUACUUGGAGUUGUGUUGUUUUUUGUUUUUUAUUCAUCCACACACGCUUGAGUAAUCCUGGUUUAUUAGUUUAUCUACAUCUCAGAAGCUCAGAAUGCUCUGUUUUACCUUGUGAUUUUACGAAGCGGUAAUUUUCAAGUUAAGAGUUACUGUUUACCUUUUGUUUAGUCAAGAUUGGCAAUUCUAUUAUCAAAUUAUCCAGGUGAUUCUAGUGAAGGUGCGUGGAGUUUAAAAACACUGAAGGACUAUUACCACAUGACGUCACAAGGUGGAACAAGGUGGAGUGUUUUCUGUCUGAGAGAAGAACUAAGCCUAAAUAUGCAGGAUUUGUCUGUCAAACAUGAAUGAAUGAAAAAAAACAACACAACUGCAAGUAUGAUUGUGAUGAGGAAACAACAUUAUACCAUAGAUCAGAAAAUGGUGUAAUACAAGUCCAUUAAGACUAGACAAACUACUGAUUGUGCAUCUAUUAAGUUGCACAACCAGUGGUUAACAUACAUAAACAUUCACACAGACAGUGGCUUCCUCUUUUGUGCAUCACUCGAGGAAAAAACAGCCAAGCAGCACCUUAUGAGACAUUACAAAGGUGUUUAAAGGGUUUGGGUUCAGUGAUGUUAGACUGAACAAUGGAUUUUUUGUUGUUGUCAUUUUUCUAUGUACAGACAUGUGCUCAUUAAACACCUUUGAAUAAUACUGAA